AUGAGGGACGAAGACGAUAAGAUGGUUAGAAUAAUCCGGAUGGUGAUUAGCAGGCCGAUAGCAGGAGACCAUUUUAAUGUAGACCAGUGCAAAUCGCUAUCGAAACUUUUGGAUAGGGAUGAGCUGGCAAUCAUCCCUGAGGGAUCACGAUAUUGGCCCGAUGGUUCCAUGUAUUUAUAUUUAUUAGGAAGAAAGGCCAAAAGCUUUAUGACUACAAAUCCGGUUACUAGUCGUCCAACUACUACAACCAGUCGUACAUCAACAACUAGCACUAGCCGUCCAUCAACAAUCACUACCACCAGACGUCCAUCAACCACUAUUACGACCACAAGUCCCACAACAACAACAACUGCAAAACCUGAGUCUAGUUUUCUCGAAUUUUUGUAUCGUGUGAUUAAAGCAAAGAAUGAUGGUUUAUUGCACUAAUUUACACAUUUUAAUACAUUAAAUAAUAUCCCUAAUUUUUCUCUGAGGUACCUACUCGAAUUACGACUAUUAAUCACUAUUACGAUCACACGUCCCACAACAACUUCAACUACCACCCCUCCUUCUAGUUUUCUCAAAUUUUUUUAUUAUUUUUAUUCUUCACCGGCGCCGGGGUUUUCACAAUUCCAAAUUUAACAAAAAUUAUGUUGAAAACCUAUAAAUUAGACUUCAAAAAUGAUUGUACAGAAGUAAAUAUUUCUUUCGAUC